AUGGCCUCUGCUGUGCCUGACAAGGAGGAGGCUGCCCAGAGCUCUGCAGAGGUGAAGGAGGAGCAGGAGGCUGCAGYGCAGGAGAUGGCCAGGCUGAGCCUGCUGAGCUGUGCCCAGGUUUGUGCCUGCUCCAAGGACAGCCAGCCCUGCCCGGGCUCUGUCAGCACCACUGCCGAGAGGGGAGCACAGAGUGUCACCACGGCCACCCUGCAGCCCCACGUUGCUGCCAAGGGUUGGGAUAGACUGGGGGAGAAGCUGCCACUCCUUCAGAAGCCUGAGGAGCAGAUGCCCUCAGACUCGAGGGAGCUGCUCUCAUGUGCAGUGGCUGAUGUGAGGGRUGAUGGGGACAGCAAAGGGAUGGAGGUGACAGAUGCUGCCMUSCAGAGCAGCGUGGGGGCUGCCAGAYCUGCAGGGAGCAGCAGUGCUGGGGUGGCCCUGGAGCCUGGACAGGAACAGGACAUGGACUCUCUGGCCCUGCUGGUGGCCCACAGGCUCUCCCAGCAGCUGCGCUUCACCUGCUACGGGCUGGCGGCCGCGUUCCUCAGCAUCCCCCGCAGCCUGCAGCUCCGCGUGGGCCGCGCUCUCAGCGCCAUCACCGAGCUCCACSUCACCUUCUCCAGGGCAGCCUCCAUCCAGGAUCUGCCCAGCAGUGUGCUGAGCCACAGCCACAGGGAGCUGGAUGUGGUGCAGGAGAACAUGGACGAGCUGCUGGAGUUCCUGAAGGACCGCGAUCCUCUGUCCCGGCCCAGGGAACCCUCUGACACCAGCGAUGAGGAGGAGGAGGAGGCAGGGGCUGGGCAUCAGGAACCUUCCAGCACCCCCGGGGAAGGGAUGAAACAAUAA